CAGCGCAUCCUAAGAGGCUCUACGGAUGCUGGAGGACCACGGCUCCGAGCGGUGUAGGGCCCCCGAGCCAGCAGGAGCCGGAGGGCUCCUUCCUCAUCCAGGAACAGCGUGGGCCACUGGAGCAAGCUUUGUGGGAAGGGCAGCAGAUGGAGAGACUGCAGGAAGAUUCCUUCCCCGGGGAUUAUCAGGGCUGGCCGACAUCCAAACUGCACGCAAAGGGCACAGGCCUCACUGCCACUCCGGUAGUUUUUAGGGGGAAAAGAUGGGAUGGGAUGAAGUGGGAGCAGCUCAGAGCCAGCCACAACAACCUGCUGUGAGCAGGGAGAAAAGGAAUAAAAGCCUCAGUCGGUCCAGAGGCUGAAGAAAUGCAUUGACCCAGAAGGAUGAGAAGGGUGGGAAUUGAGCCACUGUUUGGGCUUCAGGCACUGAUCCACCCACAGGCAGACUGGGUUUGCACUGUAUAGGACAAGGUGCAGAGCAGGCCUUUGUUCCUAGAGCACACUGCGUGGGCAUACCCCAUAGGUGAAGGCAGGAGAGAGGCUGAGCUGGCAGCACUGGAGUUGCAGGCAGAGGUGAGCAGUCACAGGGCCACCUACAACUGGGCUCCGGACAAUGAGGCUGGUUCUACAGAAACUUGAAGUGUGAUGGCCAGGAAACUUGUGCUUUAGGGCCACGGGACUGCAGCGAGGUGCUGGAGCCACAGAUUGCAACCCUCGGUGGGAUGGGACAGCUGCUGCCAGAGGAGAGUGGAGAUCUAAAGACUGGCGUGGAUUUGGGAGCUGUACAUCAGGAGUGAGAGAUGUGGAACCUCAUACCCUGAAUCUCCAAGGGAACCUUUGUAAAGGAUUGCCCCCUCCCUGCCAUCUCCUCAUUGUUCGUCAGCUCUGCCCUUCGCUUCACAGGGAAGCUUGAAAAAGCACACUGAGCCCUGGAGGGCAGCGAAACAGACAAUGCAGUGAGAGUGCCACAGGGGCUUCCUUAGGGAGCUCUCGGAAUCCUUCUCCUCACCCUGUUGAUGGCUCUCUGACUGACUUAGCAGGCAUCUGGCCACAGGUGUACCAUUUACUGAAGGGUUUUACACCAUCGUGCAUGCACCAUUCCCACUAUUUCUGUGGGACCUUUGUCCUGCUUCCUGUUUUCUCUGACACUCUCUAUUAGCCACUGGGCUAAAGGUGCCUGCUGCUGUCAAACUCUUUGGAGCCCCAGCAGCCCUUGUUUUGUUUGAGGCCUUCACCAGUCCCUGGAGAAGGUGUUCCCUCAGACAGAAGGUGUCUGGGAAGCACACAGAGUAAGGAGAGCCUUUUUUGGGGGGGGAAGAGUGGAGGAAAGGAAUGAAAUAGAUGGGGAGGAAAAGAAAAAGUGAGCAUGAGAGACUGAGGGAAGAAGCGCUGGCAAGCUUUCAUGAGAAAGAAAGGAGGUGGAAGAAAGAAAAGGAAAGAGAACAACAGAAAAAAACAGGAGAAAGAGAUCAAGUGUAAGUAAUAUAAACGAACAAAAGGAAAAGGGAGGACUGGGAGUGAGACAGAGAUGCAGGCUGUUCUGCCUCGUGCCUGAUGAUAAUGCCUUGAGGAGGUCCUGCAGUGUGCAUACGCCUUGCAUCAGCACAGCAGCAGAUGAGGAGGGACGUGGUUCCCCCAGUGCGAAGUCUCAUUCAUUCUCUUACAGUAACCCAGAGGCAGGAAGAAGGUGCAGCCUAGCAGGGGGACAGCAUGGGGGACUCUGAAUCAGAGUCCACCUUGCACAACAAUUCACUGUGGUGGCUGGCAUGUGGGAUGUUAGCCCUGCUGGCCAACUCUUGGAUUAUCCUCAGCAUCACGGCCAAGCAACAGAAACACAAGCCCCUGGAGCUGCUGCUGUGCUUCCUUGCUGGGACUCACAUCCUCAUGGCAGCAGUGCCCCUCACUACGUACGCUGUGGUGCAGCUGCGGCGUGAGUCCUCUAACUAUGACUGGAAUGAGAGCAUCUGUAAGGUCUUUGUGUCUACAUACUACACCCUGGCGCUGGCCACCUGCUUUACUGUGGCCUCCCUUUCCUACCACCGAAUGUGGAUGGUGAGGUGGCCAGUCAACUACCGGCUGAGCAAUGCCAAGAAGCAGGCUCUGCAUGCAGUCAUGGGGAUCUGGAUGGUAUCAUUCAUCCUCUCCACCCUGCCCUCCAUUGGCUGGCACAACAACGGCGAGCGGUACUACGCUCGUGGCUGCCAGUUCAUUGUCAGCAAGAUAGGUCUGGGCUUUGGCGUCUGCUUUAGCCUCCUGCUCCUUGGAGGAAUCGUCAUGGGCUUGGUGUGCGUAGGGAUCACCUUCUACCAGACCCUGUGGGCGCACAGAAGGCGACGGCAGUGCUGCCAUCAGAGGCCAGAGGAAGCAUCGUCCUGCUCAUCAGCACACAACACUUUCAAUGUGCCAGCCAUCGUGGUGGAGGAUGUACGAGGCAAAAGGAGGUCCUCGCUGGAUGGUUCCGAGUCAGCCAAGACCUCCUUGCAGAUGACCAACCUCAUCAGCGCAAUUGUCUUCCUGUACGACACGCUCACGGGGGUGCCCAUCUUGGUUGUGAGCUUUUUUAGCCUGCGCUAUGACACGGCGCCCACUUGGAUGGUCCUGGCUGUGCUCUGGUGCUCCAUGGUGCAGACUCUGCUUCUCCCCUCUUUUAUCUGGUCCUGCGAGCGCUACCGAGCAGAUCUCCGCACCAUCUGGGAGCAGUGUGUGGCUAUCAUGUCUGAGGAAGAUGGAGAUGAUGAUGGUGUGUGUGAUGAUUAUGGGGAUGGCAGGAUCUGCAAAGUGAGAUUUGAUGCCAACGGUGCUGCAGCUGUGAAGCGGGACUCUCGGGACAUCAAACUGCUACCAAUGCACCAUAUGUUGUUGCCCCAGGACAAGGUGCAUUAUCUGCAGGUCCCUAUCUCACGAAGGAUGUCACAUGAUGAGACUAACAUCUUCUCCGCCCACCGCUCUGCUCCAUCCUUCCUACACAAGUGGUCUUCAUCUGAUGACAUCCGCAUUUCCACCCUCCGCAAGCCUGGAGGCCCUGGAUUCCUGCCACCUCAGCUGCACGACUACCAGCACCGCCGGCAGCUUCCAGAAGAUGAGCUGACAUCCCUUCGGCAGUUUUUAGAGGGCGGGCUGGUGCCCCGGGGGUCCAGCUCCAGCGCCUGCUUCUUCCGAGAUGAGAUCACCACAUUCAUCGAUGAGACGCCACAGCCCACCCCAGUCUGCAGCCCACGGCACUCCCGUCUCCCACUUGCAGCGUGCCGUGAUCGCCGCCUCUCACUCGGCAGCAGGGAGGAGGAGAGCACUGAUCGGCCACGGUGGUGCUCUUUGGCUGGCAGCGAGGCCUGGCGUCUGCAGGAUGAGGGGCAGGCUCCACGUGACAGGACCCCUGAGGCCUGUGAGGCACAGGCCCUCCAGGAUCCCAAACUAUGAGAGACAGUGUCAGAAAAACAUUCAGUGCCAUCAUGAUUUUUAAAUAAAACUUCAAACCUUCUCCUUAUCCCGGGACCUUGAUGACUAAUUGACAUGUUCAUCUUUCUCGCCAGCAGGCAGGAAACAUGGCACCCCAUGGUAAGAGAAGUGCGGCAGAUCGAAUGGAGCUCCACGGACACGGACAGCCUGUGCCUGCCCUCAGGUUACAAACACCCACCACUGCAAUGGCCACUUGGCACCCUUGGCAGUCUUGUCCAUUUGUGAACUCCACCUUUGCUUUCACUCUGCCCUAAGAGACGAGGCAAGCACGGAAUGGUAUUAAAGUUCUAUAUUUGGAGUGUCAA